UUGUCAUAUGAGAGAAGAAAAAAAGGUAUACAUUUUUCUUACCGGUGGAAUUAUAAUAAAUCGAGAGAAAACAACUGGAAAUCUUUAAUUAUUCAGAUCACACUAACUAAAAUUCCCAGAAAACCAUCAUAAUCUGCCACAGUUCCGCCGGUCCACCCUUUCUCCGAUCACCGUAGUCAAGUGGAUUCUCAUUUGAGAUGGAAGACAGUUCUGAUAAAAGUGAAGAUCUUCUCGAGGACGAUGGUGGUGAUCAUGAAAUUGACAGAGAACAAGUAUUGGAAAUUGUAAACAACGACGUGGAUACUGAAUCACUGUUUGGGAUUGAAGGUGAUGACUUGGAGAAUGACAGUGAUCUAGUCCUUGACCUUGAAAGCAAUGAAAAUGACAGUGAGCAAGUUCUCGAUUUUGAAAGUAAUGAUCUUGAAGAUAAGAACCAAGUGGGCGAGUUUGAAACCAACGGCCAUGAUCCCGAGAGUGUUCAAAUGCUCGGGAUUGAAACUAAUAACAAUAACAAUUGUGUGCACGGUGAUCAAGGAGACAAAGACAACCCUCCACCAGUUACAGGGAUGGAAUUCGAUACAUAUGAAGAUGCGUAUAAGUAUUAUUAUUCUUAUGCUAAAGAAACCGGAUUUGCUAUCCGGGUCAAAUCUUCAUGGACAAAACGUAACAGCAAAGAGAAAAGGGGUGCAGUUCUUUGUUGCAACUGUGAAGGUUUCAAGACUUUAAAGGAAGCAAGUAGUAGAAGAAAGGAAACAAGAACGGGUUGUUUGGCAAUGAUUAGGUUGAGAUUAGUGUAUACUGGUAAAUGGCGGUUGGAUGAAGCUAAACUUGAUCACAAUCAUUCGUUUGAUCCUGAUCGACUCCAAAGUGCCAGGUCACGUAAAAUAACGGAAUAUGGAUCAAAACGUAAAUUUGAUCCAACUUUAGAUGUGGAAGUGAGAACAAUCAAGCUCUAUCGAACCCCUGUUCUAGAUUCAGUUUGUUAUGGAAGUUCAAAUGAAACAGACUUGGAUAUCGAGCUUUCAAAGAAUAUACGUUUAAACCUGAACAAAGGAGAUGCCCAAGUUAUGAUUGAUUAUUUUUGUAGGGUUCAGCUAAUAAACCCGAACUUUUUUUACAUCAUGGAUUUCAUGGAUGAAGGUUGUGUAAGAAACGUCUUUUGGAUCGAUUCUAGGGCACGGGCUUCAUAUGGGUACUUUGGAGAUGUGGUUGCAUUAGAUACAACAUGUUUGACAAACAAAUAUAAAGUACCGCUAGUGGUGUUUGUCGGUGUGAAUCACCAUGGUCAAACUAUAUCACUCGGAUAUGGUUUGCUUGCUGAUGAAAGUCAAGAAACAUAUACAUGGUUAUUAAGAACAUGGUUAACUUGCAUGUCAGGACGCCCUCCACAAACCCUAAUUACAGACCAGAGAACGACCUUGCAAAAUGCUAUUUCUGAAAUUUUUCCUCGGGCUCAUCAUCGUUUUUGUUUGCCUCUUGUUGUGGAUAGCAUUAUCGAGAACUCUGGUAAUUUAGAGUCCGAGGAAUUUCGAUCAAUACUUAAUGGCAUAAUCUAUAAUUCAUUGAAAGUGGAUGAGUUUGAAAUGUUGUGGGGUGAAAUGAUCCAACGAUUUGAUAUGAUCGACAACGAAUGGUUACGGAAAUUGUUUGAAGACCGAGAGUGGUGGGCCCCAGUUUACUUGAAAGACACGUUUUUCGCAGGGAUGUUCACUUUUCAACCGGGUGAGUCCAUGGUUUCGUUUUUCCACGGGUAUGUCCAUCAACAAACCUCUUUAAAAGAAUUCUUCGAGAUGCAUGAUUUAGUUUUUCAAAACAAAAUGCAAAAAGAAUCAUUCGAUGAUUGUGAGUCAAGAGAGUCAGCCCCAAAGUUAAGAACGAUGUGCACCUAUGAGUCACAGCUUUCCACAGUAUACACAAAAGAAAUAUUUUCCCGUUUCCAGUAUGAGGUCGAAAUGAUGUCAACUUGUUUCAAUGUGUCACAAGUGAAUACUAGUGGGUCUAUCAUCACUUACAUGGUCACGGAGCAAGAAACUGAGGGAAAUACCAUAAGAAAUGUUGAAGUAAUGUAUGAUAAAAUAGGUGUCGAGAUCAGAUGCAUAUGUAGCUGUUAUAAUUUCAAAGGUUAUUUAUGUAGACAUGCAUUGGCGGUACUAAACCAUAAUGGGAUAGAAGAAAUCCCAAGUCAAUAUAUAUUGUCUAGAUGGAGGAAAGAUUUUAAACGGCUGUAUGUACCUGAUUUUGGCUCUGAUAACAUGGAUAUCACAAACAUGGUCCAGCGGUAUGUACACUUGCAUAAACGGGCUUUACAAGUCGUGGAGGAAGGUAUGACGUCUCAAGAACAUUACAUGGUUGCUUGGCAAGCGUUUAAAGAGUCAUUGAGUAACGUCCGUUUAGUAGCAGACAAGCCUGUUCAAAAUUAAUUUUAUCAUAAAAUGUAUAUGUAUAUGUAUGUUUUUAGUUGCAGUUUAUAAUUUUCUUUAGUCUUUAUGUGGUUUAUCUUAUGUGAUUAGUUUAAUUUUAACAAAGCAAAUGUGAUUAGUUGAUGGGUAUCCAAUUGUGAUACUAGGGUUAGGGUUCCCUCCAUUUACUUUUUUUCAUUGCGAAGGUUAUUUUAUGACCUUAUGUUGGUCUUGUAAAUGGAUAUUGUGCAAUCAAUGCUUGCCCGUGUAUUACAAUGACUAUUUUUCUGA